AUGGCGAUAGUUCGCUUGUCGUUACUCUUGCAAGUGGGAUUUGUCAUCGGGACGAAUUAUAGGCAUGGGGAAUGGACCGAGGGUCGAGAGAGGGAGAUCCGAGCUAGGCAGACUAUCUACAGCACGCACAACCAACGGGCGCAUCAUCUCCGCAAAGCUCACCAGUUCAAAGCUGCCACAGAGCACGUUGUUAUAGACCAGAGCACCGAUCAACCGCUGUACCGGGUGGUCAACACGUUUCUGCAUACAGGGGAUUCCUCCACGUUAAGGCUUGCUAACUGCUCGCAUAGAUAUGAGCUGGGUGCCCACUCGAGUAAGUCGCCGCACGAGUCCAUGCACACAGUUCUGGACACGGUAAUGCACGCGACCAACUUCUUGAACAUGGUCUUGCAGACCAACAGGUCGCGAGAUCCAAACCUGCAUGACACCGAGUGGUAUUAUGCCUUGAUCAAGAACGUGCUGGAAGGUGAUUCAAAGAUUCACCGAGCUGCAGUGACAUUCAAUGCCGACUCCAAGGCCCCUGGGCCCGCUGUCUUCCUGCAAGCAACAAGGGAGGGCGGUGAGAUUGUCCUCCAGGAUCUCUCUGGAUCCAUUGAGCACCUCCUGAGGAAUAAAACGUCAGAGACUGAAUGGUUUCACGGUGUAAAAGCAAAGAGGAAGAGUCAGUUUCACAAAAGGAUUCUGACACAGGACAUCGAGUCACUGGACGCCUCUGUCCGCAGAGGUGAGAGUUUCGUAUCUGACAAAUCUCACAUCAAGUGGUCGUCACCAUACCUGGAGUGCCAAAACGGAAAUUUCAUCCCGCGUUGGCUCUUGACCCUAUCCGCAGGGUUCUAUGGUCUCAAGGAACACUCAGCCCUUGACUUCAGGGGCGUGGUGAGAGUGGAUGUCAACCUGCAGGACGUGGACAUCAACCAGUGUUCCAGCGAGGGCUGGUUUGCAGGGACGCACCGGUGCAACCAGACCAGCAUGGAGUGUCGACCCAUCCCAGGCCAUGGAUUUGUGCUGGACAAGUACAAGUGCCACUGCAAGCGAGGCUUCUACCAUCCUAAUCGAGUGUCUGUCAAUGGCUAUGAGAGGAAUGGGCUCACGGCAGGAUUGGUUGGAGUGGGUCCUCACGACGUUGACAUCUCCAGCGACUCCACGCACUGCAUGCCGUGCCAGGAGGGCUGUGCCUACUGCCAGGAUGAUACGCCGUGUGUGGCCCGCGGGGACAGCUACCUGCGCCUGGCCAUCCUCUCCCUCCAGGGGCUUUGCAUGCUGGGAGAUUUCGUCAGCAUGAUCCUGGUCUACCACUUCCGCAGGAACAAGAGCAUUAGAGCGUCUGGCCUGGUGCUGUUGGAGGCGAUCUUGAUCGGAGCAUUACUACUCUACUUCCCGGUGAUGAUCCUCUACUUUCAGCCAGGUGUGUUCCGCUGUAUCCUGCUGAGGUGGGUCCGGUUGCUGGGCUUCGCCACCGUCUACGGUACCGUCACCCUCAAACUCUACAGGGUGCUGAAGGUGUUCCUGUCCCGCACGGCCCAGCGUAUCCCCUACAUGACCAGCUGGCGCGUGCUUCGUCUGCUGGGUAUCAUCCUGUUGGUGGUGUGCUGGUUCCUGGUGGCCUGGACGGCGGCCGUGUGCCAGAGCCUGGAGCAGGCCGACCCCGAGCGCCGGCUGCCCCUCAUCGCCGUGGGCUUCACCCCCGAGGGGCUGCAGUUCAGCAUGUGCCUGCUUGACCGCUGGGACUACAUGAUGGCAGUCGCGGAGUUCCUGUUCCUGUUGUGGGGGGUGUACCUUUGCUAUGCCGUGCGGACGGUCCCCUCCGCCUUCCAUGAGCCACGCUACAUGGCCAUCGCCGUGCACAUCGAGCUCAUCCUGUCGGCCAUCUUUCAUGUCAUACGGUUUACCCUUGCUCACGAGCUUCACCCUGACUGGAUGCUGAUGCUGUUCUUCGUUCACACGCACCUCACCGUGACGGUCACCCUGGGGCUUUUGCUCAUUCCAAAGUUCCUGUUUGCGGGAACACAGCUGACGGACGACAUUGCCACGGAGGCGUAUGAGGAUGAGCUGGACAUGGGUCGCUCAGGAUCCUACCUCAACAGCAGCAUCACGUCCGCAUGGAGCGAGCACAGCCUCGACCCUGAGGACAUACGGACUCCAGAUGAAAUGGGGCCGCUCAGUUCUAUUAAUGGCCCUGGCGUAAGGUCAUGCGACACUCUUUGGGAAAAACGUACCAACGAGGAGCUGAAGAAGCUGUACUCCCAGCUGGAGGUCUACAAGAGGAAGAAGAUGCUGGCCAACAACCCGCACCUGCAGAAGAAGCGCAGCAGCAAGAAGGGCCUCGGCCGUUCCCUCAUGAGACGCAUCACGGAGAUCCCAGAAACAGUGCGCCAGUGCAGCCGCGAGGACAAGGACAAGGACAAAGACAAGGACAAGGACAAGGACGGCAGCGACCACAGUGGCAGUAACCGCAACAGCAUCUGCGUCCUACGCAAGAACCCCUUCGACCCGUCGUCGCACUCCGUCAAGCCGGCCAAGGAGGAGUCGCUGCGCAGCAAGGUGUUCUCGCUGAAGAAGUCGCACAGCAGCUAUGACCACGUGAGAGACCAGAGCGAGGACUCCACCAGCUCGGUCACGGACAAGAUGGAGGCAUCGACCACCGAGAGCUCGCUGCUCGACACCCUCAUGGGCAAGAAGCUGGUCAAGAAGACAUCCUCCGAGAAGCUGGACUCGACUGGAGAGUCCACCGAAUCCAUGCCCCUGGUCUGCAAGUCGGCAAGCGCGCACAACCUCACCGCUGACAAGAAGCCCCUUCACCCGAGAACCUCGAUGCUGCAGAAGUCGCUUAGUGUUAUCGCCAGUGCUAAAGAGAAGACCCUCGGUCUGACAGCAAAGACCCAGAGCAUGGAAGAGGGCACAAAGAAGUCCCACCAGAAACCCAAACCAGCUGGGGAUCCUGAGGAAAAGAUGGAUACCUCCACCAAAGCUGCAGCCAGCCAGUCGGUGGAAUGCAAGCAGCCAGCAGCAGCAGCCAAAACUGGCAUCAUGAAGCAGCCGACGACCCCCACGAGCUUUGACCCUGCCAAGAACAAGGAACUGUAUGACCUUUCUGAGGUUUGCCCCUGGGAAUUAGAAGAUCUUCCCACACCCUCUGAAAAUAAGGUCCAGAAACACGUGUCCAUUGCUCCCGACGAGACAACCACUGUCCAUGGCAAGGGCACCUCCGGGACCAAGGCCCAGCAACAGCAGCAGCAGCAAAAGAAGAAGGCCACAGACACAUCAUCGUCCGGCAGCCGAAAGUCCAACCAAAAAUCAGCAGACCGGGCAGACAUUUGUCCUUGGGAGGACACCAGCGACAGCCAGCUGAGUCAGGUGGAGGCUAGGAGACCCUCUCCUGCCAGCCAACCAUCUGGACCAAAAGGCUCCGCUGCUGAGCCACCCAAGGCCCAGAAGGCAGACGUCUGUCCGUGGGACUAUGAGGACCCUCCUGCCAAGUCUGCAGAUGCCACUCUCACAGCUGACAAAGGCAGAGAAAGGGCUACUGCCGCUGCUGCUCCCUCAGACAGCAAAAGGAAAAGUGCCACUCCCACUGAUACAAAAGGCAAAGGGAGUGGCCCCUUGUCGGAGGUAAGAGGCAAAAGUGCCACUUCGGUAGACGUCAAGGAAAAAGUUGUGAGUUCAGCAGAGAGUAAAGGGAAAAAUGCUGCCUCCGCUCAACCCGCAGUUUCUAAAGUUGAUGUCUGUCCCUGGGACUUUGACACAGCUGCCCCAGCUAAAUCACCGGGAUCUGAAAGACCACCCAGCAUCACUCAGGUUCCUAAAACAGCACCAACAACGAAACAGCCCUCGUCGUCAUCAUCGAAAGCAAAGGAGGCUGCUCACACAACAAGAACUCUGGAGAAGGAGGGAGUGAGGGCAAAGGAGGCAGACGACAGCAGAAGCACGGCGAAAGCCAAGGACAAAGUGGCCACAGGCACGGGCAAGCCCGCAGAGAGGCAGCAGGUCAGCCAGACUAAAAUGGCUGAAGUGUGUCCCUGGGACAUAGAUAUCCCUGACAAGUCAUCGAAGGUGGAGACACAAGGCUUCGCCAGCACGGGGCCUGCCAAAGGCAAGCAGGAUGUUUGCCCGUGGGAUUUCCCAGAAGCUUCGGACAGCAAAGGCACAAAUAAAAGCCCUACCCCCUCAGCGUUGAAACAGAAAAGCCCCAGCCCCCGAGGCGGCACCCCCAGUGAUGUCAAAAAGGCAGACGUGUGCCCUUGGGACUUUGAGGAGCCAGCAUCAGGGAAAAAAGCAUGACAUUU